AUGAAGCGGCUGAUUUCUGCCAGGGAGGAUCCUUCGAACAAGCGGCGGCAGAUUCAACUAGAGAACAAGCCGCCUUCACCGGUGUCCAUACCUUGUAGAACGCAGGAUAUACCGGCCGCUGUUUCUCGAUCGAAUGCCAUACGAGAGACAGACCAAGAAGACUCCAUACAUAAUAGGAUAUUCAAUUGGAUCCCGCUGGCGGCGACCGAUUUUGACCCCAUGGAACGACCUCCAUCAAAGCGUUCGCGCUCCGUUUCAUCCGAUCGCGACCGCGAAUCUUCGGGCCCAUCAGAGGGAUCCCGAAGUAGGUCUUCAUCGAGAGACGCGAGAUCUUCAGCGUAUAGAGACACCAAUUACGCGACAAUCUUAGAAACAAAGAAUUGUUACAUGCGGAAUUCCGCUACUGGGCCAGCUCAAGAAGAUAUUGAGUUGUGCAAGCAACUGCUCCAGCAGGAAAUCGAAGUUCCACAGGAAACAAUGUUUCAAAGUGAACAUUUCGAUGCAUUUCACGAUGCUCUGCAGGAUCGAUCGGAAAUGCGUCUUCUUAUUGAUCUGCAUCCGAUGCUCAUGCCGUCCGCGGAAAAUCAGUUCAUCAGAGGCAGGCUGUCUCUGAAGAAUGUCAUUGAUGGAUAUAAUGACCCUUGGAUAAAAGCCGAGCCCAUCUAUGGGCCGAAGCCACAACCGGACCACACCCGUGGCCUCCGAUGGUCAACGUUCAAUGAAAGUCAGCGGAAGAAGCUUGGGGUACAGCCAAAUGAGAAGUCCCUAUACACUGCUAGGGAGGAAAUCUACUUCCCUUACCUAGUGGGAGAAGUUAAGUCCAACCAGCAGGCUCUCGACAUUGCCGAUAGACAAAAUAUGCAUAGUGCCUGCGUUGCCCUUCGCGGUCUCGUUCAUCUGUCCCGAAUGGCUGGCUGCGUUGAGAUAUUGCACCGGCGAAUUUUGGCAUUCUCAAUUUCACAUGACGGGGAUAUAGUUCGCAUUUAUGGCCAUUAUCCUGAAAUAGAAGACGACAAAGUAUCAUACUAUCGCUGGCGGAUUGGGAAAUUUGAUAUCUGGACGGAUGCCGACAAAUGGACCUGUUAUCGCUUUGUUUAUAAUUUAGAUGACAUAUUUCUUCCGAGUCAUAUCGCACGUGUGAUGGACAUGUUGGAACGGAUCCCUGAGCCACAAGAUAUCUCAUCGCCUGUUGAUCUUGACGCUACCACGGAGGUACAAUCCGUUCCUGGCUCGGAAGAAGAAGAGUCUACCGCCCGUCGGAACAUGGCAGUACGAUCUCGGGGCCUACAACCAGAAAUACGGGCUAUGGUACAGAGUGUACAGAAGCAGGUGGAGCGGCUCGAGCGAGAAAGGCAGGAGCAAAAAGGGAGGGAAGAGAAAUUACAUGCACAGCUGGAGCAAGAACGGCGGGAGCGGCUCGAGCAAGAAGAGAAGCUACAUGCGCAGUUUCAGAGGGAACGAGAGGAGCAGAAGCAACGAGAAGAGCGACUACGUGCGCAGUUCGAGCAGGAGCGACGGGAACAAAAAGAGACACAAGAAAGACUAAUCACGCAGUUUGAACGCUUGGCUCAAACGCUGAGCCCAAAGUAA